AUGGCUGACGUUGCAAUGGCCGACCACCUUCAGGCAGACUCUCUACUACCUGGUCCGAUCUGGCGGUACCCCAACGCUGUACAAGAGGCUUGCCUGCAAGGCCAUAUUCUUCUCAUUCACGAUAUGUCAAAUACAACAACACCUACGCAUCCCGGGCGCGGUAUGCCUGUGCCCGGGAUCGAUACAAAACAAGCUGCGUCGCUCUCAUUCAGCGGUUGGCCCUUGACGCCACCGCAGUCGGCCAACGAGUCGAGAAGACCAUCGCUGGCAUUCUCUUCGUUAUCAGAUGCCUCUGCAUCAGGCCCGUCUUCGAUAGCGGACUUCUCGCAACCCUCAACGCCUGUGCACAGCAUGGUUCAGGAAAGCUUUGCUCAGCAUUGGAACGAAGGCGCUGAGGUGCAAGGAAGACCUAUGAACAGCUUCAGCGAUGGAUGUGCACUCGGUCAAAUGCCGCCGAUGUUUCAGCCAUUAUACCAUCAAUCAGCGAUGGGCAGUGCUCCGUCAUUGGAGGCGCCUGUAUACGCGCACCAGCACAACUUCAACGCUCAACAGUCACCGCUUCGACACGAAGCCUGGUCGAGCUCGAAUCAAUCUUCUCUGGGCAUCAACACGAACGCUCCGGGUCUUAGAACGACCCUAUUCCAGAACAGUACUGGCCUGAACCAAGAGCGUGUGUCCGCUUCAAUGUACAACAAUCCAUCGCCUACCGCUCCGAGUCUUGGACAAUCUGUGUUUCCUAACUAUGACCACGGAGGGCCAGUCGUCUCUCCCUCGAUGUUUCGCGCUCCUCACACGGUUGUCCCGUCCCAACUCAGUCCUCAAGAGGACUACCCUAUGGACUCGUACGUUCCAUGCAAAGUCGAGACCAUGGGCCAGGACUUCGGGUCCAGUUUCGAUUCAGCCGGUACAGAGUACAGUGGCUGGGAAGCUGUCGGGCAACAAUCUCCUCAUGACCAAUACUUUGCUCACUCAGAUGAAGACGACUACGUCAUCGUCAAGCAUGAAUCGCUGGUCACUCCUUCUCGGACCCCAUACCGAUCGCAUCGGUAUAUGCAGCAAACUUCCAGCCCAGACCGCGUACGGCCACGCUCUUCAAAGCGUACCAGCAAGGGUCAUGCCGCCGGCAAAGUCUGGGCCGAGUACGAAGGGACCUACUGUUCCGUCCGCUGCGAAGGCAAGCCCUUCGAAUUCGAUGUAGAUGGCCGUAUUGUCACUCAGCCAACUAUCGAACGCAAGCCCCAUCACUGUCAAGUGGUAGUGAAUGGCAAAGCUUGCGGUGCCAGCUUCGAGAGAAGCGAACACCUCAAGCGCCAUAUGGGCAAGCACACAAACAAGCGCGACUACCCGUGUCCGCUGGACUCCUGCAACAAGGCCAUCGGCAGGCCAGACAACGCUUCUGACCACUUCAAGACCCACCUCAAGCCUCCUGGCAAGGGCAAACGCAACAAGCACUGUGACUGGGAGACUCUCGAGACUGCCAUCUUGGAGCAGUACCCCGAGAAGAAGUCCACCAAGCUUCUCGCGAAUUUGAGAAAAUGGAUGGAGGCUGAGAACGAGAAAGCUUUCGAUGAGCAGCAGGAGCUUAUGCGACGUUGA